GUGACAUACCGCAUUAAGAUGGGUCCCAUAGAAAUCGAAAUGUGGAUCGUCUCCUUCCCUAUCUUAUCCAGGAUAACGAUAACAACACUCUCUCUCUCACUGCAAGAGCGCGAAACAGAGUAAGGCUCACUUUGUUUUAGCUUUCUCCUCUACUUCGAUAAUGCCGUUUGCUCCUUCCUUGUUGUCAUCGUCUUCCUCAGUCUCUCAAUUUCUUCCCAGAUUCCCCAACGCGACUAGAUUCAAUGUAACUCCACGGAGCAGAGCCGCCACCGUCGUCGCGGCAUCCGUCACCGACCUAGCCGGGGUCGACAGUACAACAAUCGCCGUACUCGGUGGAGGAUCCGUAGCAGCACUCGCGGCGAUGGUUUCCUUAACGGAUCCGGAGAGGAGGCGGAAAUUGCAGGCGGAGGAAGUUGGCGGAGGCGAUAAGGAGGUUGUGAGGGAGUAUUUCAAUAGCACGGGGUUCGAGAGGUGGAGGAAGAUCUACGGUGAGACUGAUGAAGUGAAUCGAGUACAGAAGGAUAUUCGACUCGGUCAUGCUAAGACGGUGGAGAACACGAUGCUUAUGCUGACUGAAGAUAGAUCCUUGGCCGGUGUCACGGUUUGCGACGCCGGUUGUGGAACCGGUUUGCUCUCGAUUCCACUUGCUAAGGAAGGAGCAAUCGUCUCUGCUUCCGAUAUUUCUGCUGCUAUGGUUGCUGAAGCUGAGAUGAAGGCAAAGGCACAACUACCAUCAGAGAAUUUACCAAAAUUUGAGGUGAAUGAUUUGGAGAGCCUAACUGGGAAGUAUGAUACCGUUGUAUGUCUCGACGUGUUGAUACAUUACCCGCAGAACAAAGCAGACGGAAUGAUCGCACAUCUUGCUUCUUUAGCAGAGAAGAGAGUGAUUCUGAGUUUUGCUCCAAAGACUUUUUACUAUGAUAUCUUAAAGAGAAUUGGAGAGCUUUUCCCAGGGCCAUCAAAAGCUACAAGGGCGUAUCUACACUCGGAGGCGGAUGUGGAAAGAGCGUUGGGUAAAGUCGGCUGGAAAAUCAGCAAGAGAGGACUCACUACCACACAGUUCUACUUCUCUAGGCUCAUCGAAGCUGUUCCAAUGUAGACCAAUUUGAAAACUAGAAAUCAAAUUUGACGGUUAGCUUUCCGUUUGGAACUUUUGCAGUAGAUCUCUGUAUAGCAUAUUCCGAGAAGGAUUUUCGUGGAAGACAUGCAGAUUCUCCUAAAUUCGCUGAAGAGAUUCUCAUAAACUCUUCUUAUAUACUAGGAGGACGGUCUGUACAAACUUGCACUUCUGCAGACCCUAAUUGAUAAUUGGCCAAAAUGUUCAAUGUAAUCAACGUUAUUUGUUGUGCUGCUUAACUGUGUCCAAAAACAUGUCUAUACUUUUCUACCCAUUCUUGUGCAUAGUUUAAAAUAAAAAGGAAAUUGAAAUAAAAUGACAAAAUGAGUCUUGUUGAGCAAGAAAAUAUAAAGGAUAUUAAACA